AUGGCUGACAACCAAAACCAACCACAGCAUCAGGUUCAGCUUCACGAGCAAACACCACAGCCAAAUCAACCGAGAGCUAACCAGAACAAAGCUCAUGUCUUAGUUGGGGAUUACAUCAAUCCAAUUCCUGCACCAGUGCAACCUGCUGUGGUAUACCCCCCUUUUGGACAACCUAAUUUCCACCUUCGACCAGAUGUCAUCAAUUUGUUUCAAAAUCACCAAGACAUCAGGUUCUUUGGAAAAGCCACAGAAAAUCCUCAUGAGCAUAUUUCUGCUUUUCUCAUGUUAUGCGAAGUGAUCAGUCACGAAGGGAUAUCAGCAGAUGCAUUUCGAAUGAGAUUAUUCCCUCACACCUUGAAGGACACUGCUAGAGAAUGGUUUCUUUGUUUACCACCAGGGAGCAUUCAAUCAUGGAACGAUAUGGUUCAAAAAUUCACGAUGAAAUUCUUUCCACCUGCUCGAGUUCACCAAAUUAGGAACGACGUCCACACCUUUAAGCAAAAAGAUCUCGAGAGCUAUCCUGAGGCAUGGGAGAGGUUCAAGAAUUUAUUUAGAAAAUGCCCCAACAUCGACAUUCCCAAGCAGGCUCAGCAAUAUCUUUUCUACUACGGUCUAAAACAAGAGUUUAGAAAUAUGAUAGAUGCUUCAGCAGGAGGAUCAGUGAUGAAACUUGAUGUGGAUGAGGCAUAUGACCUGUAUGAAAAAAUAGCUGAAAACCAAUCAAUGUGGCCAACUGAUAGGGAAGCUCCAAGGAAAACAUUAGGGUUACACAACGUAGAUGCGGUGACAACUUUGGCCGCGCAAAUGGAAGUUCUUACCAUGAAAAUUGACAAUCUAUCUAAGUCAGUCAACAUGGUACACCAAUCGCCACCUGUUUGCGAAGGCUGUGGAGCGGAUCAUGCUAGUACACGCUGCCCUUUGGCGUCUACACAUGUUAAUCAAUCCGAAGAAGUAAGUUACGCACAGAACUUUCAGAGACAGCAACAUAAUCCUUUCUCCAGCACAUUUAAUCCCGGUUGGAAGGACCAUCCAAAUUUUUCAUGGUCCAAUAAUCAAGGACAAGAACAGGGAGGAAGCAAUCAGAAUAAACCACCAGGGUUCCAACAGCAGCAACAGCAAGGGAGAAGGCCAUCGUUGGAAGAUUUGCUGAUUGAUGAAGCAGAAGAAUGUGCACGUUAUUUGGCAGCCAUACCACCAUUCUUCAAGCAACCGUGUUUGGAGCUCGGUGAAAGACCUACAACACCUUUACCAUCUAUAAAACAAGCUCCAACUCUUGAACUCAAACAACUGCCAACACAUCUUCGCUACGCAUACUUGGGGGAAAAGAAUUCACUUCCAGUAAUUAUCUCAAAUAGUCUUACAGAAGUGGAAGAGGAUCAAUUGCUGAGGGUGCUUCGAAAGCACAAGACAACAAUAGGAUGGACGAUAUCGGAUAUAAAAGGGAUCAGCCCUUCGCUUUGUAUGCAUAAGAUACUGAUGGAAGACAAUUACAAAGCUUCAAUCGAGCAUCAACACAGAUUAAACCCGACUAUGCAGGAGGUGGUAAGGAAAGAGGUAUUAAAGCUUCUGGAUGCAGGGAUCAUAUAUCCUAUAUCAGACAGCCAUUGGGUGAGUCCAGUGCAGGUCGUACCGAAAAAAGGAGGAAUCACGGUGGUUCCAAAUGAAAAUAACGAGCUUAUCCCCACACGUACAGUCACGGGGUGGAGAGUUUGCAUUGAUUAUCGUAAACUCAACAAUGCCACAAGAAAGGAUCACUUUCCCCUUCCUUUCAUUGACCAGAUGUUAGAGAGACUCGCUGGACAUGCUUACUAUUGCUUUUUAGAUGGCUAUUCGGGGUACAACCAGAUCCCUAUUGCGCCUGAUGAUCAAGAGAAGACGACAUUUACAUGCCCUUACGGCACUUUCGCUUAUAGGAGGAUGCCCUUCGGCCUUUGCAACGCUCCAGCCACUUUUCAACGUUGUAUGAUGUCUAUUUUCUCAGACAUGGUGGGUAAUAUCAUUGAGGUGUUUAUGGAUGAUUUCUCAGUAUUUGGAAAAUCAUUUAAGGAAUGCCUUGAACAUUUGGGAAAAGUGCUACAGCGGUGUGAGGACACAAACCUCGUAUUAAAUUGGAAAAAAUGCCACUUCAUGGUUCAAGAAGGGAUUGUGUUAGGACAUUUAAUCUCAGCACGGGGUAUUGAGGUUGAUAGAGCUAAGAUACAAGUCAUCGAAAAACUUCCACCGCCGGUAACAGUAAAAGGAGUUAGAAGUUUCUUGGGUCACGCUGGGUUCUACCGACGCUUCAUCAAAGACUUUUCCAAAAUUUCGAAGCCAUUGUGCAAUUUAUUGGAAAAAGGGGCCCCAUUUCACUUUUCUGAGGAGUGCUUGACAACUUUCAACACUUUAAAGGAAAAAUUGGUUUCCGCUCCAGUGUUGGCUCCUCCAGACUGGGAUUAUCCGUUUGAACUUAUGUGUGAUGCCAGCGAUAAUGCAGUGGGGGCAGUGUUGGGUCAACGCAAGGAUAAUAUUUCUCAUGUUAUCCACUAUGCCAACAAGACUUUAGACGAGGCUUAA